CAGCUUCGUCACGACUUGCAGGCAGCCCUGUUCCAACCAACAUCACCAACAUCAGGCGACUGCAUCCUCAAUAUCUCCGUAAUCAUCCAGCAAUAAUUUGAUGAUCAGCGUGCGCCCCAGCAAUCGAUCGAAAUGAAACUUUGGGGCGCGGCCGCGCAGACUGGGCAGCUCCUGACCCUUUCUGCUUUGUGUGCCUCUGUCCUCGCCGACAGCAAUCCCGUCAUUAAGCAGACCAAGCUUGCGAAUUUGCCGGUGAAUCUCAACUACUUUGAAGACAGCGACUCUAUAAUCUACCAAGAUAUCAGAGGCAAGAAUAUACACUUCUCUAAAGAUGCCGGCGUGACAUGGGAUCGUGUAGAAAAGGUCCCCGAUGGCAAGGCUGUUGCUUUGCAGAUGCAUCCGUUCAACCCAAAAGCGGCUUACAUCUUCACUAAUAGCAAGAAGCACUACAAAACUACCGAUGGUGGAAAGAGCUGGGACUCUUUCACUACAUCGUCUAGACCAAGCGAUGAGCGACCAGGCGAGAUUCUGUCAUUCAAUGCCGAGGAUCCUGAGCGCAUCAUCUUCAACGCAAUGGAUUGCGGCACAUUUUUCUGCAGCGAGCAGGCCGAAUAUACAACCGACAACUUUGGAAAGACCAAGGUUCUCCGCGAUCAAACAGCAGGCUGCUGGUGGGCAAAGUCGAACCGCGAGUUCACGACCGGAGACAAAGAGCUGGACAAGAAGAGAAUCCUCUGUAUUGCCAGAGAAAAGCGAGUUUCCGAUCGAGGCGGCAACCACUUGGUAGUGUCGGACGACUUUUUUGCCGUCGAAGGCAACGAAUACAAAGAAAACGAACCUGCACUAGACACCAACAAGGUUGUCAAAGGCAUUGCAAGUGUUGCCCCGGUCAAAAAAUACAUCCUCGUCGCCACAGCUUCCUCUCGCAGUGACGAAAUGGCUUUAUUCGUGACCGAUGACACGAAGAAAUGGCACAGAGCAAUGUUUCCUAGAGCAGAUACCCAUGACCACUCACACAUCAUCAGCCAAGAUGGCUACACUAUUUUGGAAAGCACCAAUUACAGUAUUCAGCUAGAUGUAAUGUCGUCUCGCCCUUCCAAGCCUAUGGGCGUGCUCUUCACCAGUAAUUCGAACGGCACCUACUUCACCGAAAACGCGCCGUACACGAACCGCAACGCAGAUGGCAACGUUGACUUUGAGAAAAUCAGCGGCAUUCAAGGAGUUUUCAUGAUCAACACUGUAGAGAACGGCGCUGAAGUUGAGGCGGAUGGCAAAGACAAGAAAAUCAUCACCCAGAUCUCCUUUGACGAUGGCCGAACUAUGGACCAUAUCAAGGCUGGCGAUGAUACACUACACUUGCACUCAGUGAGCAGUUUGCGCUCUCUUCAUGGCCGGGACGGAAUCGAUAACAUCGGUCGAGUCUUUUCUAGCCCUGCACCUGGUCUCGUUAUGGGUGUCGGUAACACCGGAAAAUCUUUGAAGCCAACAAGUGAUGCGGAUCUGUAUGUCUCUGACAAUGCGGGAAUGACAUGGAAAAAGGCUUUAAGCGGCCAUCAUAUUUACGAGUUUGGAGACUCGGGUUCGAUCUUGGUGGCUGUCAAGCACUCUAAAGAAGCAGAUGUGAAGAAGAUUUCCUACUCGUUGGACCAUGGCGACAAUUGGAAAGAGACAGAGCUGCCAGAUGGCCAGGAAAUACGACCCCUGUUUUUGACGACCGUGCAAGACUCAACAAGUCUCAAGUUUGUUCUCGUUGGCGAAAAGAAGAAGGCCUAUUUCUUGUUUGCAAUUGACUUUGACGGCCUCCAUGAACGCAAGUGUGGCGACGGAGACAUGGAAGACUGGCAUGCGAGAGCCGAUGAUUCUGGCAAGGCAACCUGCAUCAUGGGUCAGAAACAAACAUUCCGUCGCCGCAAGAAGAAUGCGGACUGCUUUAUCCAGAGCGACUUUAAGGAGCCUUUGCCUCAGACGGACGUUUGCGAAUGCACAGAUGUGGACUUCGAGUGCGACUAUAACUUUGAGAGAGACUCUGAAGAUGCCAAAAAGUGCAAAGCUAGUGGUCCACCCGUUAUACCUGAAGGUGCUUGCAAAGACAAGAAUGGCAAAUUCAAGGGCUCUUCAGGAUGGCGCCUUAUCCCUGGAAACGUCUGUAAACGCAAGGACGGUAAGCAGCUGGACGACCCUGUCGAACAGGAUUGCUCUGGAAAGGAGACUCCCUCCGAACCCUCGAAGCCAUCGGAACCGUCGAAACCUGCGGAUGGAAAGGUUUCUCACACACAAAGGGAAUUUGAUUCAGAUCUCAAAGACUUUCAAAAGCUAUAUCUCGGUAAGGGAGAUGGUGGCUCCUCAGAUACCGAGGUGAUUAUUGCCCGCCCAGCCGAAUUCCAACGCGGCCAGGUUAAGAUUGAAGAUAAAAUCUACCGUUCGACAAAUCACGGCAAAGAUUGGGAACAGAUUUUGAAGAACGAAAAGGUGACUGGCAUCUAUCCCCAUGACACUUUUGACAAUGUUGUCUUCUUUACUACUGGUGAAGAGAAAAAGGUUAUUUACACUGUCGAUUCAGGCAAGUCUUAUCACUACACAGAAAGAGAAGACAAGGACAAGAGAUUUUCGGCAGAAGCUGCUGUUGGUUUCAUUGCCGGGCAUGGUAAUGUUGGACCUGCUCUGUCCAGCAAAGACGAUGCCGAUACGUUUCUCAGCACGGACGGCGGCAUUAGCUGGAAGAGCGUUAAGAAGGGUCGCUGGAUGUGGCAGUUUGCCGACCAAGGGUCUAUAAUUGUGUUAGUCCAGAGUACCAAGGAGGACAAGAACGCCAAGACAAAUAUCCUGUCUUAUUCCAUUGACAACGGUAACACUUGGAAAGACUACGAGUUUUCAAAGGACAAGGUAUCUGUUCUAGACAUGACGUCCGUCGAAACGGGAACCUCUCGAAACAUUGUUCUUUGGACGCGGUCUGAAAGUGGCAAGCUUGCUACUAUCAAUGUUGACUUCUCGGGUCUAUCUGACAAACCCUGCAAGUUUGAUGAAAACGACAGCAAGUCAGACUACGAAUUGUGGACUCCACGACACCCCUCGCAAAGCGACGACUGUCUUUUUGGUCAUGUGUCCAAGUACCUACGCAAGAAGGUAGAUAAGACGUGCUUCAACGAGCAAGACAUCCGACGCCUUCAUACAAUCGAGGACUGCAAGUGCACACGUGCCGACUUUGAAUGCGCGUACAACUAUGAACUCCAUGACGAUGGUCAAUGCAAACUGGUGCCAGGUCUCCAGCCUCUCUCUGGCAAGGAAUGGUGCAAGCUUAAUCCGAAUGCAACUGUCUGGUACACGCCGACAGGCUUCCGACGCGCCCCAUCGACAACUUGUAAGGACGGUAAGGAGCUUGAUAAGAGCCUUGACGACCAUGCUUGCCCUGGAUUUGAAGAGGACUACGGCCGCACUCAUCCUCCUACCUCUGGCGUUGCCAUUUUCUUUGCAGUCGUCAUCCCAUUUGCGCUUGCUGGUGCCAUUGGCUCGUACGUCUACCGCAAUUGGAAUGGCAAGUUUGGCCAGAUCCGUCUGGGAGAGGCAUCGUCAGCGACAUUUGAUAGCGAUCAGCCAUGGAUCAAGUACCCCGUCAUUGCCAUCUCAGCAGCGGCCGCGGUUCUCGCAAGCUUGCCUCUCCUUGUGGGCAGCCUGGUCCGAUCAGCUUCGAGCUCAUUUGGUGGCGGCCGCAACAGCCGUAGCUGGUUCUCCAGCACCGCGCGCUUUACUACCAGAGACAGCUUUUCCCGCGGUCGCGGAGCCUACACAGUGGUGGAAGACGUGGAGGGUGAACUUUUGGGUGAAGACAGUGACGACGAGUUCUAAGAGGGUUUCUACAUGGAAAGGGGCAUGGUCCCUUUUCUCGGCGUCAUGAUUGCCGUCAUAUUACAUUUGGAUACAUGCGAGCAUCUUUUUUUUUUUUGGUAAAAUAGUACAUGUAUCAAUAUAUCUCAUUUCGUUAGUCCCUAUCAGCGUCACAUGUGUUAAUAUAUAUGUCCGUGCACGUACAUAUAGAGGGAUCCUAUGGGCCAGGUGACCAAGUUUUGUAAUUUGAACGGGGAAGUAUUUAUUGUAUUUUAAACCUUAAUAUCUACUCUCCCCAUAUCCUCAGAACCAGUAUAAACCAACACUGCAAUAUCUUACCACCAAGCGGUGGGACAAAAACAACGGCUAUAGAGCGGGUGCCAGAUGAUCAUGCGGCGGCCCACGGUAAUAAUAAAAACAAGACAGCUUGAGUAUAUAGAUAAAAUUCAGGGUCAUGCAUAAGGGGUAUAAAUGAGCAUGCUAUAGCAAAACAAUAAAAAACACAGUAGGGAACAAGAAGAGUGUCACAGUGUCGUGUACGGUGGUGGUUGUGUUUCGAGUUCGACGUUUUUUUCAUGCCCGUCGAACGCGGUUCCAGAAUCGCCUCAUAGGGCCGUGGUCACCAGAGAGGAGAUUCUCGAGGUCAAUAGCCGCAAGUUCUCUUUCGAUGCUCUCUUUGGAGUUGCCAUCGCGCUUGAGGGUGGUGGGAGAGUUGGGUUCGUCGACAGUAGGGAUGGCUGUCAUCUUGGCUUUCUGCCAGCCGUAGAUCUUUUCUUCAUCGGCACGAAGGUCCGGACGCGUGAGAGUCAUGCGGAGUGUCAUUUCGCGAGAUGCAGCUGGGGCUUGGGCGUAGUCUCCCUUGUUCGCUGUCUUAGGGGCGACCUCAGUCUGUAGAAGCUGUGGGAGCACUGGCUUCUCCAACGUAUUAGGGGUUCGUGGAGAAUCAGGCUCGCUGGUUGUGGCAUCAUCGCUGUACAUGGAGCAACGGCGGUCUUCGGGCAAUGUCUUCAUGAUUUGCAGACCACCCUCGUGGGGCAUAGCGAGCGAAUCUGAGCGAGUCGGGUGUUUGUCUUCAACUUCCUGCGGCUUGUCAACGGAUGGGAAUCCAAACUCGACUGCCUCGUCAAACUUGUGGGGUGAUGCAAGAUAGGCUCGGAGCUUCAGUCUUGUCUCGGGAUCUUGGUAGUGGAUGACUGGCUCGUUUGUGGGGGAUGCAAGUGCGUCCUGGCUUGGCAUCAUGAGCUUGGUGGGCGACAUCAACGAGAGUGCCCUGGAGCGGCGUCUGCCAUGUGUAGGAGAACUAGGCGUGGAUGAAAUUGAGCCUGGCCCGCCAAAGAACGACGGGCCAUUUGCAUCGUUGGUGCCAGGACGGCUCAACGAUAUUGACUGUCUAAAUGUCAACUUGCUCGAGAUGGAAAGGUGUCGGCGGAGGGAUGAAGCUUGGCUUUUCGGUUGUGAGUUUUGUCGAAGGGCAUCGUGGUAGUCCUCCAUAUUGAGACGCAAGUCUAGACUGUCGUCCUCAUCGAACCAGCGAAAGCUAUCGUAGAUGGAAUCCUCCGUGGCCUUGAGGCGGCCAUCCAGCCAGCCUUCAUGUCCUGUUUGUGAAUGCAUUCUGCGUCUGAGAUGGUCUACUGAGGCGGCUUUAUAGAGGCUGCCUGGUCGAAUAGUAACGGAGGAUGAGGUAGAAAGGUUUUGUGGCUUGUGUGUUUCUCUUCGUGACGGUUGACGCUUUCCCCAGUUGAUUACCGCCUCGUCUGUUGCAUCCAAGAUGAUGCUUUUUCGCUUGGCGUUGAUGGCAAGAUCGUCUCUUGUCAAGGCCCGCUGCUGUUCUGACGGGUUUGGGAAGACUCGAGAGGCUCUUGUCCGUGGACGAGCAAGUGCCGUUUCAGUAGAUCGAGACUUGAGAACAGGGCGAAACUGGUUUCUGUCGAGGGUGGUAGACUCGUCUUGAGGGAGCUCUGGAGCAGUUUCGAAGGUGUCGAUGGAAGUAGCAGAGCCUGGAGGAGUUUGGGCAAACCUCAAUCUUUCCAGGGUGGAAAAGUACUGUUAUAUUAAUCCUUGCAUUAGCUGGCGGCCCUGAUGAUGACGAGGUAAAGU